UGGAUGUGAAUAACCGCAGACGCUGAAGCCAAGAAGAGCAUCUGUGUGAACAAUGAACCGGCGGACUUGGACGGAAAUCGUUUGGUGAAACGGACAAAGCGGACGUGUGAGCAGCGCCGGGGAGAUGGAAAUGCAGGAGAGCGGCGAUUUGCUGGAUGUCUGUGGCGUGAAUGACCUCUAACGAAAGGGGGAAUUAGGAAUUUAUACUUUGCUGUCUGCAAAGUCAAUCCUCGCAUCGAGAGUGUUAAUGUUGGCUGGCCUGUGUUUGGUUGUUGAUGAACAUUAACAGUAAGGCCAAGCAUUUUAUACCUUAAGUAGCCUUAUUGUCUCGAUUUAUUUAUUUCAAUUUCUGGUCAUUGAAUGCCUUUAGUCUACUAUUGUUUAUUUCAAAGUGUCUAAUACUUAUUGCAGUACGAUUUUAAUACACGUUAUUAAACCACUGCCUCAUAUUUACGUGCUGUGACACAGGCGAAUAUUAAUUAUAGCAGAUCAGCCUUUCUUUUAUGAAAUACUGAUGCCAUAAUCCACUCGGUGUCAUGAGUUGGCCAUCUGUCGUGGACACCUACUUAAACCUGCAAGCAGAUUAAUCAAGGUGUAAGGAUUUAAAGGCAUCAGUCAGGACGUUUCUGUGCCAGAACUCUGCUGGGCUUCCUGAUAAAGGAGGGGAUGCUCUUGGCCACAGUUGGCUCAUUGGAGGAGAGAGACGAGGAGCAGGAGGAUGAAGGCGACGAAGAGUUGAGGGAUGGAGGGGUGCCUUUCUAUGUGAACAGAAGUGGCUUCCCGGUGGAUGAGGAGACUUGGGAGAGGAUGUGGCGCCAUGUGGCUCGAAUCCAUCCCAGCGGUGAAGCAUUGGCGAAGGAGAUAAGAGGUGCCACUGACCUGCCCAAGAUUCCAAUACCAAGUGUGCCUACAUACCAGCCUACCACCACUAUCCCACAGCGCCUGGAAGCCAUACAGAAGUACAUCAGGGAAUUGCAGUACAAUCACACAGGAACGCAGUUUUUUGAAAUAAAGAAAAGCCGCCCUCUUACUGCGUUAAUGGACAUUGCUAAGGAGAUGACGCGGGAGGCUCUGCCAAUCAAAUGUCUGGAGGCAGUGAUCUUGGGAAUUUACCUCACCAACAACAUGCCUGCCGUGGAGCGCUUCCCCCUCAGCUUUAAAUCUCAGUUCUCAGGGAACCACUUCCACCACAUUGUGCUGGGAGUCCACAGCGGGGGGCGCUUCGGAGCGCUGGGCAUGAGCCGAAGAGAGGAACUCAUGUUUAAGCCCCUGGAAUUUCGAACACUACUGGACUUGGUCCAGGAGUUUGAAGGAGCAUACAGGGGCUACUGGCACACCUUACGAAAAGUCAAGAUUGGCCAGUACGUUUCCCACGAUCCUCACAGCGUGGAGCAGAUAGAGUGGAAACAUUCGAUACUUGAUGUGGACAAGCUCACCAAGGAGGAGCUACGGAAGGAGCUGGAGAGACAUACUCGAGACAUGAGGCUAAAGAUAGGAAAGCCUGCACCUCCAUCUCCCACCAAAGAUAGGAGGAACAGCAUGGGUUCACCCCUCAGAGGACCAGGCAGCCCCAUACGGAGGAUCAGCCGUGUUGAGAGGCGCCCCUCUGGAGACAAGAAGGUUUUGGAACAAAAAUCCUCCACAGAUAUGAACGGAUACCAGAUUCGAGUCUGAGGAAGAUUUUAUUUUAUUUUUUUAGAUAAUUAGCAGAUUUCAAAGCGCCACACAGGGUGUUAGAUUUUGCCAUAGAAUACGAGCGUAACAGAACACGUUCAUUAGAAAAUUUGAUUAUUUCCACACGUGCACAUAUUAACUGCCACCCACUCACAAGUCCUCAUGCACAAAUUCAAUGACCGGGAAGCAGCUGCAAGCUGGAAACAAAAAACACAGGGAGAGGCAAAGAAUGGGACAUGUGUCUGAGAGCGUUUCUGCUUGGUGCUGGAGGACACACGUGCUCAUACAGGUUAAUGCUAUGGCACAGCUAAAGCUGUGAAGUGACAUCAUCUUUCAAAUGUGUUUUGGUUAAAAGAAAAAGCGCUAAAAUGCAGCAUAAAAACAGUCAGUAUGCUGCAUAAUGGUACAACAACAUAAAAAAUGCAAUAUCAAUUUUUAAAAAUCUGAUUACAGCAGUGAAAUAUGGAUGCUCUAUAGGUGCAACCACAGCUCAGUGUAAAAAGAAAAACGCCUGCUCUGAUGUUUUCACUUCUAUUAAAUUUCAAUUUAAUGAUCCAAUCAGGAACAAAGGGCAGAGCGUGUGAGUUGAGUGUUUUGCUGCAAAACAGUUAUACCCACUGUGUAGCCUUACCUAUUCAGGCUUAAAAACAGUUAAGGAAUGCUAUUCAUUUGGAUAGGCUAAAGAAAAUCUUACAAUGCACUUUUUCCCUGCCAGUUUUACAAUGUUUAUAUGUUACUUGACAAAAAUGUUUUUACUUGAAUUUUUUAUGUGGACCCUUAAUUUGGAGUCUCCAUUAACUCCGCCGCCUCUGGACUUCCUGUAAUAUUAGCUGUCAGUGACAGUACAAGAAUCUCCAUGUGGGUAUG